UCCCGGGGCGCCGGCUCUGGCGGCCCCAGCUGACGAGGACGCUCCGCGCCACCCCUCGGGCCGCCGCCGCGCGCCGGGCCGAGGAGCCGCCGCCUCCCCAGGCGCCCGGGGCCGGUAUGGAGCUCUUCCAAGCCAAGGACCACUACAUCCUGCAGCAGGGCGAGCGCGCACUGUGGUGCAGCCGCCGCGAUGGCGGCCUCCAGCUCCGACCCGCUACUGAUCUGCUUCUUGCCUGGAAUCCCAUUUGUUUGGGUUUGGUAGAAGGUGUUAUUGGGAAAAUUCAGCUUCAUUCAGAUCUCCCAUGGUGGCUUAUUUUAAUUAGGCAGAAAGCACUGGUGGGCAAACUUCCAGGAGACCAUGAGGUCUGUAAAGUUACCAAAAUUGCUGUGCUAUCACUUUCUGAAAUGGAACCUCAGGAUCUUGAGCUAGAGCUCUGUAAGAAGCAUCAUUUUGGAAUUAACAAACCAGAGAAGAUUAUACCGUCUCCUGAUGACUCAAAGUUUCUACUGAAGACAUUUACACAUAUUAAAUCCAAUGUGUCUGCUCCUAAUAAAAAGAAAGUUAAGGAAAGUAAAGAAAAGGAGAAGUUGGAGAGAAGAUUACUUGAGGAGCUGCUGAAGAUGUUCAUGGACUCGGAAUCCUUUUACUAUAGCUUGACCUACGACUUGACCAAUUCAGUGCAGAGGCAAAGUGCUGCGGAGAAGGAUCCCCGGCCCCUCUGGCAGAAGGUAGCUCUCACAGUUCAGAGCAGGGUUUGCUCUCCAGAACAAUUUAUGGACUCAUUUAGCUUUAUAGGAAAACUGAAACAACAGGUUUCUGAACUGUUUAUUCUCUACAUUUUCCAGGUUGAUGACCGAUUUUUUUGGAAUAAAUACAUGAUACAAGAUCUUACUGAGAUUGGUACGCCAGAUGUGGACUUCUGGAUUAUCCCCAUUAUUCAAGGUUUUGUGCAGAUUGAAGAACUUGUGGUUAAUUAUAGUGAGUCUUCUGAUGAUGAGAAAAGCAGCCCAGAGACCCCACCUCAGGAGUCCACCUGUGUAGAUGACAUUCACCCACGGUUUCUAGUGGCUCUCAUUUCACGUCGCAGUCGGCACAGAGCAGGAAUGCGCUAUAAACGAAGAGGGGUGGAUAAAAAUGGAAAUGUUGCAAAUUAUGUGGAGACUGAGCAGCUAAUUCAUGUUCAUAAUCAUACCUUGUCAUUUAUUCAAACACGAGGCUCUGUGCCUGUAUUUUGGAGUCAGGUUGGCUAUCGAUAUAAUCCAAGACCUCGGCUAGACAAGAGUGAAAAGGAAACUGUUGCCUAUUUCUGUGCCCACUUCGAAGAACAACUGAAAAUUUACAAAAAACAGGUUAUUAUUAACUUGGUAGACCAGGCAGGAAGAGAGAAAAUUAUUGGGGAUGCUUACCUAAAGCAGGUGUUGCUGUUUAACAACUCACACCUCACUUAUGUUUCAUUUGACUUCCAUGAGCACUGCCGAGGAAUGAAGUUUGAGAAUGUUCAAACACUAACAGAUGCCAUUUAUGACAUUAUUCUUGACAUGAAGUGGUGUUGGGUUGAUCAAGCUGGGGUAAUAUGUAAACAAGAAGGGAUUUUUCGAGUUAAUUGCAUGGACUGCCUGGAUCGCACCAACGUGGUUCAAGCUGCUAUUGCACGAGUCGUCAUGGAGCAGCAGCUGAAGAAAUUAGGUGUGAUGCCCCCAGAGCAGCCACUACCAGUGAAAUGCAAUCGGAUCUAUCAAAUAAUGUGGGCCAACAAUGGUGACUCCAUUAGCAGACAGUAUGCUGGGACAGCUGCUCUGAAGGGUGACUUCACAAGGACAGGAGAAAGGAAAUUAGCAGGAGUUAUGAAAGAUGGUGUUAACUCAGCAAAUAGGUAUUACCUGAAUCGAUUUAAGGAUGCUUAUAGGCAAGCUGUCAUAGAUUUGAUGCAAGGCAUUCCAGUGACAGAAGAUCUUUAUUCCAUAUUUAACAAGGAGAAAGAGCAUGAAGCUUUGCAUAAGGAAAAUCAGAGAAGUCACCAGGAACUAAUUAGCCAGCUCUUACAAAGUUACAUGAAGUUACUGCUGCCUGAUGAUGAAAAGUUCCAUGGGGGCUGGGCCCUUAUUGACUGUGACCCCAGCCUCAUUGAUGCUACUCACAGAGAUGUGGAUGUGCUGUUACUGCUUUCUAACUCUGCCUACUACGUUGCCUAUUAUGAUGAUGAAGUUGAUAAAGUAAACCAGUAUCAACGACUAAGUCUAGAAGACCUUGAAAAAAUAGAAAUAGGUCCUGAACCCACUCUUUUUGGUAAGCCAAAGUUCUCCUGCAUGCGACUGCACUAUAGACAUAAAGAAACAAGUGGCUAUUUCCAUACACUGAGAGCUGUAAUGCGCAAUCCAGAAGAGGAUGGGAAAGAUACCCUUCAGUGCAUUGCAGAGAUGCUGCAGAUCACCAAACAAGCCAUGGGAUUAGAUGUACCUAUAAUCGAGAAAAAACUUGAGAGGAAGAGCAGUAAACCUCAUGAAGACAUCAUUGGCAUCAGAUCUCAAAAUCAAGGCUCUCUGGCCCAGGGAAAAAAUUUUUUAAUGAGCAAAUUUUCAUCUCUAAAUCAAAAAGUGAAACAGACCAAAUCCAAUGUAAACAUUGGCAAUCUACGAAGGCUAGGAAACUUUGCAAAACCUGAAAUGAAAGUUAAUUUUCUAAAACCAAACUUAAAAGUAAAUCUUUGGAAGUCAGAUAGUAGUCUUGAAACCAUGGAAAACACAGGUGUGAUGGAUAAUAAAGUCCAGGCAGAGUCUGAUGGGGAAAUGUCUUCAGAUAAUGACUCCUACCGCUCUGAUGAAUUCCUUACAAAUUCCAAGUCUGAUGAUGACAGGCAGCUAGCUAAUUCUUUAGAGAACGUAGGACCAAUAGACUAUGUUCUUCCGAGUUGUGGUAUUAUUGCUUCAGCACCUCGAUUAGGAAGUCGAUCCCAAUCUAUUAGCAGCACUGACGUUAGCAUUCAUGCUCCUUCAGAUAAUACUAUUGGAAGUGAGCUUGGAAAAGGCCGUGAGUCUCCUUUAAGAAAAAGUCCUUCUGCUGACAAUAUACACAUAUUGACUGGUUUUGCCAAGCCUGUGGAUAUUUACUGCCACAGAUUUGUACAAGAUGCACAAAGCAAAACGACCCAACUGUCAGAAACCAGAUCUAUUUCUCAGCAGCCUAGUGAGGAAGGAAAUCAAACGACCAAUCAAGUUUCUAAUGAAGAAACCCAAUCUGAAUCAAUGGAACAGAUACCUCCUCGACCAUCUCAAUUAGAUGUGUCUUUUUCCGCAACAGGCCCACAGUUUUUGUCUGUUGAACCAGUGCAUUCAGUUGUAUCUCAAAAGACCCCUGGCUCUGGAUCCAGCACGCUUGAACUUGACACAGGGCUUCACGUAACUCCUUCUCCUUCAGAGAGCAACAGCAGCAGAGCAGUCUCUCCCUUUGCGAAGAUUCGGAGUUCCAUGGUCCAGGUUGCUAAUAUUACCCAAGCUGGGUUAACCCAGGGGAUAAACUUUGCAGUGGCAAAGGUUCAAAAGAGCCCUGCCGAACCUGAAGUGGUUAAUGAAAUCCAGCAAAACGAACUUAAAAAUAUGUUUACACAAUGCCAGACACGAAUAAUUCAGAUUUAGUUUUUAGCCACAAAGAAUCCUGUGGCUUUUACAUAAUCCAAAAAAAAACGUUUCACAUAUUAGGCGAUUUUAACCUGUACUGACUUUGAAUUUAGGGAUCAUAAAUUCUAAUUAUGUUUAUUGGGAAAGGUUUUAAAAGGAGUGUGAACUUGAGCAGAUUUCCAAAUUUGAGAGGACAACAGAAGUGCAUCAUCCUAGAAUGUGUAGACCUGAGUAGCUUAUACACUACAGAGCUGUUUGUCUCUGAAUGUAAUUCAGGAACGGAUUACUUUGGGAUAUAACCUGAGCCUUUUUUGGAGUGGGUGGGUAGGUGGGGCAGUUGAGUGUAUGAAGUAGACACAUCAAGGAUGGUCAUGGAUACAUUUAGGGGAUUAGCUUUUUAUAAUUUGUUUUUCUCAGUACAUGUUUGUGUAUUCUACAAGGUAAAUAUAUUUAGUUUUUAGUGAUUUUAAGUGUUACUAAUAAUGAGAAGCAUUUCAGUUAUAAAAAACUUGGUUUUGUUUUGAUGGUUUAACCAUUCCCUAUGAAGAAUGGAGAAUUAUUGGCAUAGUCAAGUAAUGUAUGCCUAUUUGAUCCUAAUUUUCCCCAUAUUCUAAACAAAUUUUAAAUUUUCUGCCACCCUGUAUACCCCAAAGUCUAGGAGCAUUAAGACGUGUCAGUCAUAAAACCUGAGACAUCAGAUGUGAGUACCAGCACCCAUUAAUUUUGCUGUUUUCAGGUAAGAAUGUACAUUUACUGGAUAUUGGUAAUUUCUUCAAAGAAGUCUUCAAGUUUUAAUUUUUUGUAGGGAGCAUUCCUUAACAUCUUGUGUAGACUAUUUACAACUAUUGAAACUUAGUAUGAAGCACAACUGUGCUAAAAUUGUUUUUUUGACCAUAACCCCGACCACAUGGAAACAGGGUCUCUUCUGUAAGCCCAUACAUUAACAAAGUUGCACACUUUAUUCCAAACAAGUAUUGGUUUGUCUGAUAUCUUUAGAUCCUUAUUCUGUUGAAGUGAU